AUGCUGCUGAAGAGUAUUGCUUAUUCUGUUGUAAAAGAUAUUAAAAAGCUACCAUUCAUGGUCGCAGAACAUCCUGUGGGUUUAGAUGAAAUUGUAAAAUAUUUUGAAUUGACUACACUUCAAUCUAACACAAGUCAUCAGAAUGUGCAUAUUGUUGGAAUAUGGGGCAUGGGUGGUUCUGGCAAGACCACUCUUGCUAAAAAUCUAUAUAAUAAUAAGUAUCCAUCUAUGGAGAAGGCUAGCCUUAUAUUAGAUGUUAGAGAUGCUGCUAACAAGAACUUGUUGUAUGAGAAGCAGAAAAAUCUUUUGGAGGAUCUUGGUUUCAAAAGUUUUGUUCACAAUGUAGAAGAGGGGAAGGCAAUUCUUACAAGCAACUUGAGAUCUAUUCGGGAAUUGAUUGUUCUAGAUGAUGUUGAUCACGUGGACCAAUUGAACGCUUUUUUGUCCAGGACAGGAUCUGAAAUUUUGAUUGGACCAGGUACUUUGAUUAUUAUCACUACGAGAGAAUUAGAAGUUCUCGGGUGUUGGAACAUCUCCCACUAUAAAAUGAAACCUCUGAGUGAAGUUGAUGCCAAGCAACUAUUUUGUUGGCAUGCUUUCUUACAACCGUCUCCAGUAAAUGGAUUUGAUGAGCUUGUUCAAAAGUUCUUAGAGGCUUGUAGUGGGUUGCCAUAG